CAAUAUAUUAUUACAUAUCUUUAUUUUCUUUAUCCUAAAACAAGAGAUGAUGAAACCUCAAAAAUCAUUGUUGAUUAAGAUCAUUGUUGUACAAUGUUUGUUAGUUCUUUGUGUUGUGGCACAAGACUUUGAUUUCUUUUACUUUGUUCAACAGUGGCCAGCGUCUUAUUGUGAUACGAGGCGUAGUUGCUGCUAUCCAACGACUGGAAAACCUAAUGAAGAUUUUAGUAUCCAUGGUCUAUGGCCAAACUAUGAAAAUGGAAAAUGGCCACAAAAUUGUGAUAGUGAAAGCUCUUUGGAUGAAUCUAAGAUAUCAGAUCUUAUAAGCACAAUGGAAAAGAAUUGGCCAUCACUUGCUUGUCCAAGUAGUGAUGGUGUGAGAUUUUGGAGUCAUGAAUGGCUAAAACAUGGCACUUGUUCAGCUCUUACUCAACAUACCUAUUUCCAAACUGCACUUGACUUCAAGAACAAAUCUAACCUUCUACAAAACCUAAAGAAUUCAGGGAUUCAACCAAGGAAUGGAGAACAUUAUAGUGUAGAAAACAUUAAAAAGGCAAUUGAAAAAGGAGUUGGACACACACCAUUCAUAGAGUGCAAUGUUGAUUCACAAGGGAACCACCAACUAUACCAAGUUUACCUUUGUGUGGAUUCAUCUGCAUCAAAUUUCAUUGAUUGUCCUGUUUUCCCACGUGGAGGAAAAUGUGGUUCCAAGAUUGAAUUCCCUCCUUUCUCCACAAAUGAUGAUCAUGAUGAAUUUUGAUUUAUUUUUUUAAAAUAAAAUAAUGAAUUCAUCAUGAUCAUAUUCUUUGAACUUAUAUGUUGUAUUUUUAAUUGAAAACGUUUCAUAUUUGUACUAAUAAUAAAAUUUCAUUCCAAAGUAACAAGAUGUCAAAA